CGCUGCAGAGAUGGAAAACAGCAGAUUUCAACAGUGGAGAACUCUUUCAUUUACUGAAAAGAAGCAACAACAAGAGGGGUGAAGACAAGAAACCUUAAAAACUCUGGGAUAUAGACCGGAGGGUGAUAUGGCCGACCUUGUGCCAGGACUACUCAUUUGUUUAAUGGCAGUGCGAACCUUUCAGCAUGAUGGAAACAUAACCUGGACCAAAACCAGUAUCCCACCUGGUGUGAGACCAAAAACCUUCAAGGGGAGGCUGUACGAACUUAACCACACCCACCAGCUACCAGCCCUGCUACAUCCCAGCACCAACCCUAGGCUGUAUGUAAACUUGGAGGACCCAGUGACAGCCUAUACCACAGGGGUCCUCAGCACCAGGGUCAUUCCUUCAUCAUACAUCCUGGCCAUGCUGGUGGGUAUCCCCUCCAAUGCCUACAUUCUGGCCUUCCUCAGACUCAGAGCGAAGUCUUUGUCUACAUUACUUCUUUACCUGAACCUGGCCCUGUCUGACCUGCUGCUGCUGCUGUCCCUGGCGCUACGUGUUCACUACCACUUCAAUGGGAACAACUGGAUAUUUGGGGAAAUCUCCUGCCGGCUUAUCACAGCCUUGUUUUAUGGCAAUGUUUACAGUUCAGCACAAACUAUAGCAUGCAUCAGUCUGAAGCGCUACCUGGCUGUGGUCAGACCGUUUUUGUACAGAAGGCUGGCUAAGACUACCCUGGCAGUGUGGACGUGCUUGGUGGUAUGGUUCCUGUUCGGGGCUGCGAUUGUGCCCGAGCUCCUCGUCAGGCAGAGCUACCAGGUUAUCCAGCUGGGGGUAACCACCUGCCAUGAUGUACUUCCCCUAGACGAAAAGUCACAUUCCUUGCUGGUACCAUACAGGCUGAUGCUGGUUUGUCUGGGUUUAAUAGUGCCCUUUCUGAUUUGUAUCUAUGCCCAUGUGGCAGUGGUAUACCAUCUAGGGCAAUCUCGUUGUGACUGGAAACCGUUUAUCAGGGUCAGCACUCUAGUUUUCAUCAUCUUUGUGGUGUGUUUCUUGCCUAGCGGCGUCCUGCAUAUCGCCCACUACAUCCGCCUGUUUUCCAGCGGGGACGACAGACUGUAUGGAUACUACAGAGUAGCUGUUUGUCUCUGCUGCUUCCACAGUUGUCUGGAUCCCUUCCUGUGUAUGCUCAUUUCCAAGAUGGCAGCCUCAGAACUACAAUUCAUCUCCCUCCCCGGGAUAUCUCAGAGGCCGACUGUUACGACGUGAGACUGUAUGUGUCGGCACAGAAAAGCUACUCCUUGCUCGACCAUUGUUGGGAAACAGCAGGGAAGCAAAAACCCAGAAUCAAAGAUGGUUGAGUUAAACCUGGACACUGUGAACUAAACAAGGGCAAUACUGCCGUCUCUGUUGGGUCUAAAACAACACCAAGCUUUGUGACGUUUCAGGAAUAUUAGGAUCAGGAAGGGAACAUUUACACUGUGUCAAUGUAAGCUGAAACAAUGUCAGGGAUGUGAGGCUGCUGUGCAAAUCCAACAAAACGAAUGAUUAAAAUUAGAUUAGGUUAUGAAAUGUGAUGACAACACCGGUUUAUCCAGCUAUAUCGACUUUUUUUUUUUAUACCUUGCACUUUGAGGAUAUAAGAGGAGGAACAGCACCUUUUUCCAUAGAUGCUAUAUAAAUUAACAAAA